AUGAAAUCACAUCCUGAAGACGAAAGUACGGCCAGCACACCUUUACUGGAUAGCCAUAAGGACACAUUAGAUUGUGAUGACAGAAGUGAUCCGCCACAAAAUCUUUCAAAUAUUGAUGUCAUCCUUGAUCAAAUAGAAAUUGGAUUAUUUCAUUAUUUAAUUACUCUAUCAAGUGGUUUCUGUUAUGGCACUGGUGCUGUUUUUUUUAAUGUUAUCAGUUUUUUAAUCGUUACUGCUUGUGAUCUAGAUAUUACUAGGGAAAAUCGAGGUUGGUUAAGUCUCUCGGUCGUGUGUGGCUUGAUUGUUGGUAGUCUUACCUUAGGUAAAUUGGGCGAUACCAUCGGAAGAAGGAGAGUACUGAUUCUAUCUUCGACAUUAAUUCUAUUUUCAAACUUAGCUUCUGCUUUUGCAGUAAAUUAUAACAUGAUCGUUAUAUUAGGCCCAUUAAGUGGCAUUAGUCUAGGAGGUAUCUUCUCUAAUAGUCACAUAUACUUAAUAGAGUUUUUUCCUCGCAGCUAUCGGGGUAUAUCAGUCGCAGCAAUGACAGCUUUUGUUAUAUUCGGAGGUAUCUACAGUUGCCUAAUCGCUAUGGCGACAUUAUCCCAUCCAUUUUAUAUUCCUAUCGGAUCAAUCUAUUUUAGUCACUGGCGCCUUUAUAUCCUUGUUGCCUCUUUACCUACUUUAAUAAGUUUAUUAUCGCUGUUUUGCCUACCAGAUAGUAUCCGAUAUAUACUGAAAGCAAAGCAACCUAUUCAAGCGCUACAAGUCAUA